AUGAGAGACAACCCCCGGCCGGACCCGUCGCAGCGCACAGACACGUUAAACACGAAACGCAUGGCCACCAGACCCAUACCCACGGACCGACCAUGGACCGCGACGAACAACGGCCGACAGCCCGCCAUUGGGACGGUGGAGACCACCUCAACCAGGGACGGGACUCCCACGUCGCCCCUCCGGGAACACAAAUGGACAUGCGACGCAGCCAACAUGGCUACCCGACCCAUGACUCUGACCCACCUGACGUCCAUACGAGACAUGUUCCAGACUACCGCCAUUGGGACGAAAGGGCCCGCCCUGAACAUGGCGGACAACCCUACAACGUUCCCCCUGGCCCACAUCAGUCGCGACCCGCUCGGACCAUCCGACCGCGACUUCGACCGCAUAGCUAGACACAUAACCCGCUUCGACCCCCGGCCCGGCAUGCCUACAAACACCCGGUCAUACCUCCGCAUCGUCGACUUCCACGCCGACCGCAUACCACACGCGUCUCAAGAUGACAAAAUAUACUUGAUUAGACUCACGUCCAACGGAGAGGUGAAUGACUUCAUCGAGAGGCAACCAAGGGCUAUAAGACAUGACUACAACGAGCUCUGCAAAGCCAUCCUAGCAGAAUACUCAGACUACGGCGCCUCCGGGAACCUCACGGCGGCCAUGGCGGUCAAACAAGCUCACAACGAGCUCGCGGAAUGCUACUACCACAGGUUGCGACAGGCCUUCUUCGGUAACCGGAACUACGAAGGGAUGGAGGAAGACACAAAUUUCAGGGCCCUGUACCUCCAAAACCUCCACCCCAACCUUAGCCAACUACUGGGCGUGUACGCCUGCCCCCUUACGCAGGACAUACGACAACUGAAGACCCUAGUGGCACGGGCACAAGGCAAGCAUCUGCUCAAGACACAGGCUAAACCGCAAACCCAACCUUCGGUGUACAGUGUGGACAACCACAUGGAACUUGAAGGCGCACCAACGACCCCAAAACAAAAAUGGGAACCAAACCACAGACCCCAAAGGAAUAACCAGAGACAAGCGGAAACAAAAAGCGUACAGCCACGCGACCAGAAACUCCCGCAAUACGGUGAGAGACGCGCCGGCCAAGCCGACGGGAAAGACCGAACGCCACAACGAUCCCGCCAAGACCGCACCGCUACUACCAUAGAUAAAAGUAACCUCUCCAGAGAGGAGCAGUCCCUCCUCCGAACGCUCCUGCGCAAGGCCAAAGAAAGGAGGACGGACAACGCCGACGUGUUCGCAGUGUCCGUGCCGGAUGAGGCAAAGGACGCACCCUACCGGGUAAACAACGACCUCAGCGAACAAGAGCUGGACGACGACUACUCUGACCCACACAUACUGGAGGAACUCCAGAACGAACUGGGCGAGGAAACCUGGGAGCCCCACCCCCAUGAUGAAGACGCCUACUGCGACCAAAGAGACGUCAUGGUGGUACAGGUAAGUUCGAUCACCGACCCGCGGGGGGAUGGACCCUCGACAAUCAGGUGCGAGCCACCAUUCCACCAGUUCAUUGGCGAUUUACAACAGAAGGGAGCCAACAGGAAACUCUACUUGUCCGUGACACUCGAGGACCAAUGGGAACACGAAGCGCUCAUUGACACAGCCGCCGACAUCAGCCUGAUUGCCGGCGACCUCUUCGGUAAGUUACAGUCAUUGGCAAGACAAUCCCACAGAGACCUGAAGACACAACUGUGUAACUUGGAAAUACGACCCUAUUCCCAAGUGAACACCACCAUACACAAAAUGGCGCUAAUACAACUCACGGUGGGCCCCAUGACGCUGGUCCACCCGGUCUACAUCUCCCCAUUCAACUCUAUCCCGCUCCUGCUGGGCCAGGACCUCCUGAACCGCUUCGAGCCCCUGAUAGACUUCCAGCGCCUAAAGAUCUGGGCCCAGGUCCGAAAGCCUUUACCCAUCCCACGCACACUGAGCGAAACCCACUGCUACCUCGUGGAGACGCCACCAACGGCCGAACGAAGGCCGACCAUGGCACUAGCCGAAACCGGUCGCCAGGACUUCCCGACGAGUACCGGCGCCAACUUCCUGUGCGCCUUCACGCCAUCCGCGCAUUCGGACUCACCCACCAUAAACGCCGGUGUAAUCUUGGAAGGCGCGAACUUCCCGGUCGCCGCCCUCGCCUACUGGGCGGACAAAUCCGCGGUCAGUCAGGACGUGUUCCACACGCUGGCCCAAAACUCACCAAAACUACCAUUUGUGAGGAAGGCCUCGCGCUUCCCAAAGGACCACCGGUCCACGGACGUGCUCCCAGCUGUAGGAUUCUGCUCGCUCGCUUUGCAGAUACACGACAAGACGCUUAGGCACACGUUCUCGGUCGUCAAAGGCUUGCCGCACCCGAUAGUCAUCGGCGGCGACGUCCUGACUCGCUUAGACACACAAAUAGACACGAUCAACAACGUCCUCUGGUCGCUAACGACCGUGACGGAUAAAUCCGAGACCCCCCCGCUAGACAAUCUAAAAUCGGGCCAGACCAUACCGGAGGUAUGCCAGGUGGCAGCGCAGAACCACCUCUCGCUGCCACCCAACACGUCCGCGCCACUAGGCUUGGUAGUCCUACCUGGCCAAAUGACCAGCAACUCCCAGGUUUUCUUCCAACCGUCCCACCUUUUCCUGACGCUGGGCUUACAAACAGAGGCAACCCCCCUCCUACGGCUGGAAGGCCGCAGGGCGCACGUUAAGGUGCUGAAUACCACAGGGGACGCCAUCCUCAUACCGCGGGGCACCCCACUGGGUUGGCUGAUCGACACUACGUUCCACGAUUUCGACCUACGCCUCCCAGUGAUAGGGGACUGGCCAACAGGGCUGGACCGAGACCCCGAUGCGCGGGCCCUGCUCACCAAACCAUCAAGGUCAAUCUCACUCUUCACGAUACCCGGCCCCAAAUCCAGCGACGUGUAUAGAGUCGACCUGACUAACCAGUCGGAGAUGGUCCUACAAACCAUCUCAGUCAUAGACUCGGGGGUCGACACCUUCCCCACCCAAGUGGCUCACGAGCCAACGCAAGAACCCACCGCCUGCCCCUCCUUCGAGGAGGAGCUGGACAAAACAGUGGCGUUAGCGGAUGCCAUCAACACUGACGGAGAAAGAGUUAAACUCCGCCAGGUGCUGAUGAAAUACAAAUCCUCUUUCGCCACAGACGCAACGGACUGCGGUCUGACCAACAUUCACACAGUCCGCAUCCCGUCUAAACCCAACGCCCCGCCGACCUACGUCCGCCAAUACAAAAUUCCCUUGGCAUCGUAUAAACCGGUACAGGGCAUUAUAGACGACCUCCUCAUAAAAGGGGUCAUAAGACCCUGCAACAGCACCUACUCUGCCCCUAUAUGGCCGGUGCUCAAGCCCAACGGCAAGUGGCGACUGACCGUCGACUACCGCCGCCUCAACACGCAGAUUCCCCUGUCCAGAUGGCCAAUGACCCAACUGGGCCAGGACCUACCAAAAGUUAGGGACGCAAAGUUCUUCUCCACGCUCGAUAUCGCUUCAGGCUUCUGGACGAUACCGGUACACCCACAAGACCAACACAAAUUGGCCUUCAGCUUCGCCAACAAGCAGUACACCUUCACACGCUGCCCUUUUGGACUCUCAAACUCACCAGCAGAGUUCAACAUCUUCCUGAACAAGGCCUGCCCGGAUGCAGCCAGCAGGGGCACCUUAAUCUACGUGGAUGACGUCCUCCUGAGAACCACCUCCUUCGAGGAACACCUAGUGGAAAUCGACCACGUCCUGGGCCAACUAACUUCGGCUGGAGCGAAAGUGUCGCUACGUAAAUGCCAAUGGUGCCGCACCAAGGUGAACUAUGUAGGCCUCCUAGUCGGACCAGAGGGCGUGGAACCGCAAGCUGACAGGACCCAAGGCCUGUCGAACCUAAAGACGCCCACAAACAUCUCGGAACUACGCAGCUUGCUAGGAGUGUGCAACUACUCCCGCCAGUUUGUGGAACACUACGCCGAAAUAGCAAAACCUCUGACGAACCUCUUAAAAAAGGACACCCCGUUCGUCUGGGAAGACAGCCACGACGAGGCCAUGAAGGCCCUUCUCGACCGAUUGAGAAAGGCCCCGUGCCUGGUGUACCCGAACCCGAACAAACCAUUCUUCUUGGAAAUCGGGUUCUCCGAGCACAGCCUCAGCGCUGGCCUAUACCAAACUCACGACUCCGACAAAAGAAUCAUUGCCUACGCCAGCAAGACGAUGGCCGCGCCCGAGACGAAAUACUCGGACUGCGAAAAAUCCCUGCUGGCCACCGUCUGGGCGGUGAGACACUUCUCAAACUACAUUGGCAACCAAACAGUGGUCGUCAACACGAACCACCAACCGGUGACAUUCCUCGCCAGCCAAAGGCUCAGAGACGGUAUCGUCACAAACGCUAGGGUAGCCACCUGGCUGAUGGCAUUACAAAGCUUCGACCUCCAGGUGUCAUACGCACAAAAACACAGGUCGUACCUCGGGAUGGGACUGGCAGAAUGCCAAGACUGCAUCGUGGACAAACCAGCCGGGACCAAGUUGGAGCUGCUACCCACCCCACUCGAGCCACAACAACACUGUUACUUCGACCAGAAUCUAUGUGACGGCCUGCCAACUGCAUACGUGGAUGGCUGCUCCUUCCACCACGAAACCAUCAAACGCGCCGGUGUCGGCAUUGUGUGGAAGGGCGACGAGCCCGGCGCCCCACAGAAAUUCCUCCUGGGGCCCCAAACUUCGCAAUAUGCGGAAAUUGCCGCAAUACUAAUCUUACUACAGCAUGCCGUGUCAUACGGAAUCGACACCAUGGUGAUCUGCACAGACUCUAACUACGCCCGACUCAGCUUCUCCUGCCACCUGCCUCUAUGGAAGAAAAAUGACUACGUCACCUCCAGCAAAAAGCCGGUCAAACACAAACAAUUGUUUAUGUCCUGCGACAAGAUAGUCACGGAACGCAACAUGCAGAUCUACUGGAAAAAGGUCCGGGGCCACUCACGGGAGCCUGGCAUGGACAAAGAGCUGAACGACAUGGCCGACAGCCUGGCCAAACAAGGCGCCGUGGACGGCACAGAAUGGCAUUUCCAGGAGCAAUUACCUGAGACACCCGCCCAGGAGCGACCCGCCCCCGCAGUAUGUGCGGUCACGAGGGCCAACGCGCCUACAAAGCAGCCAACUCCGGACGUCACGCCAGCACACACGACCCCUGCCUUCGACAGGUCUGACCUGAUCGACUGGGUGGGCCCCUUAACAAAGUCUACCCGAGGCAACAAAUACAUCCUCAUGGUCACCUGCGCAUUCACCAAAUGGGUCGAAGGCUUACCAGCCCCAAACGACACAGCGCAAACGACGGCCUGCCUACUGAUGAACCAUGUGUUCUCACGAUACGGACUACCGUGCCGAGUUAACUCGGACCGUGGCACGCACUUCACCGGGGAAGCCAUGACCCACCUGUGGGAAGCACUUGGUGUUCGGGCCUCCCUUCACGUGAGCCACCACCCCAUGAGCUCAGGGCAGCCAGGCGAAGCAAAUAUCGCCACGGCCUACACCACGCAUCACUACAUGACCGAUCUGCAGGACCACCUGAAACAGACAUUCGCGUUCGCUCAACGGAAACUGGGAAACAGCGCCGAAGGACGGAAGGCCUACUACGAUCAAAAGGCGUCCCACAACGAGCUCCAGGUCGGAGACCAGGGGUUGUCCACAGAGGGGGGCGGCAUGGACACGCCCCUGGAAGCCAUAUAA